UACAAAUUAUGUUAUUUUUUACAAGGGUCACGGGUGCUAUAAUCAUUGGUUAUCUAUUGUUAAGACUUUUUUUAGAAUCGUUUUUCCACCUACAAAAUAAUCGUAGACAACAAAAUCCAAACAUUAAGAAUGGUCACCGUAAUUUGUGCAUUGCGCCCUCUCUUGUCGAUACAAAAUAUAAUGAACUUUGACAAUCACGUGCGUGUGGUGUUGACUUCAUGUCAUGUGUCGUCGGUUGUCUGCAAAAACUACGCAUGGUUUUGGGCUUAUUCUGCUGUUGAGGCAUGGUUGGUUGAGGUUCCCAUGAUGAUCAAACCAAUCUUAUCGCUCUUGGCUUUGUGCCUCAUCCACCAAGCAACAACCAGACCACUCCUGAUGAAUCCGGUCCAAACCAGUCUAUACCAGUUUUUUCAGGACCAACCCAAAUCUAAUGGUUUAGGAUGUGAUGCUUGCAAGCUUGCAAUAAGUGCAGUCGAUACUCUCUUGGAGAUGAAUUCUACUGAAGAUGAUAUCCUUGCCGUCUUGGUGGACAUUUGUAAAGUGGGGAAAAUUGAGUCAGCAAGAGUUUGUGAAUUCAUUGCACCAGAGUUCAAGGAUGAAUUGUUUGGAGUACUCGUUGGUCAUUAUGCGACACCAACACAGAUUUGUGGAUCCUUACUUGGCAGUGACUGUGGUGUACCGUAUAAUCCAGAUGCACUGUGGAAUAUCACUCUGCCCAAAACACCUAAGCCACCUGUUGUCGUUCCACAACCACCAAAGAAAGGCUUGCCAACGAUGAAUGUACUUCAUAUAAGUGAUUUACAUUGGGAUAGAAUGUACAUGGAGGGAACCAAUGCAGAGUGCGGGGAACCACUUUGCUGUCGCUCUAAUGACGGACCACCAGCUAAAGGGGUACCCGGAGCAGGCAAAUGGGGAGACUACAGAGGGUGUGACACCCCAACAAGAGUUGUGGAAAAUCUGCUGGAAACAAUCGCCCAGACACACAAGAUUGAUUUAGUUUACUUAACUGGUGACAUUCCAGCGCAUGAUGUGUGGAACCAGACACGUCAAGAUCAGACUAGCGCCCUCAACGAAACAACGCAAUACUUGAUGAAAUACCUCCCUGGGGUACCAGUUUACUCUGCACUUGGCAACCAUGAAAGUUCACCGGUUAACAGUUUCCCACCUCCGUUUGUGACUGGUCAUAACUCUAUAACAUGGCUGUAUCAAUCUAUGGUGGACUCAUGGGUGACUGACGCUAAGUGGCUACCUAAAGAAACAACAUCUACAAUUAUCAAGGGUGGAUACUACACGGUACCAGUCUAUCCGGGUUUAAGAGUCAUCUCAUUGAAUAUGAACAUGUGUAACAAUCAAAACUGGUGGUUGUUAGAUAAUGAAGUAGAUCCAGCUAACGAGCUCCAGUGGUUAAUUGAUGUCUUGCAGAAAGCAGAGGAUGAGAAUGAGUUUGUUCACAUCCUAGGUCAUAUCCCACCAGGAUCUGGUGAUUGUUUACCACAAUGGAGCUGGAAUUACAACCAAAUCAUUAACAGAUAUGAAAGUACCAUAAGAGGACAGUUUUUUGGCCACACCCAUAAAGACAGUUUUGAGUUGUUUUAUGAUGAGAAGACGAAACGUCCAACAAGUAUGUUGUACAAUGGUGGCAGUGUUACCACCUACUCAAACAUCAAUCCUAACUAUAGAAUCUAUGAGGUAGAUGGACAUUACCUCAAUAGCUCAUGGGCUGUAUUAGAUCAUUCCACAUAUGUCAUGAACAUAACUGAUGCAAACCUCACAGAUAAACCGAUAUGGAAACUGGAAUACACAGCAAAGGCUGCCUAUGGUCUAAAAGAACUACAGCCCAGGGACUGGAAUAAACUUGUAGAAACAUUUCAAACAGAUGACAAGAUGUUCAACAAAUAUUACAGAUACCAUUACAAGUUGAACAUACCUGGGCCUUGUGAUGCUUCUUGUAAGUCAAGUUUGUUGUGUGAUCUUAAAUCUGCACGGUCCCAUGAUGAUACCUACUGUAAGUAGGAAGGUCACGACAACUGCACCUUGACCUCGGGUCAACUCCGAGGUCAGAGGUUAUGACCUCAGAGAUGAAAAUGUUACCAAAGUGAUUUCAACGUAGAAGCCUCUGAGAACAAUGUGCAAGUUCUGUAAAGGAAGAACAGAACUGGGAGAGAGAAUUUUCCCACCGAAUGUUGUGACCGAGGUACUCUUAGAAAAUUAGCAUGGAUGAACUGCAUUUAUUUUCAUUGAAUGACUGUAAACAGUAAACACUUUCUUCCUAAAGACUUUCUUCUUAGGGUUUGGCUACUUUUUUUUGGCUACGUAUUUCCCAAAACACAAACGUCCACAGAUUUAUAUUAAACUCACAUGGUUUAAAAAUAUUGAUGGUAGAAUGCUUCACUUCAAAUUGUAUGUGCUGAGGUGCUGUCGUAUAUGAGAAAUGAGUAAACAAUUUCACAAGAAUUUUGUUUUUUGAGUGAGACAAAA